AUGUUAGGCGCUUGGCGAGGAUCUGGACCAGACGGCUCUCAUUUCGAAGCGGCCGCAAAGAAGCCCGGGAGGACAGCACAUUGGAGAGAAGCUCUGCAACUCUUCUGCGAGGCAUCUAACAAACGUGUCAAGCACAGCCUGGGCUACUACUGUAGCACUAUAAGCGCAUGUCGAAAAGGACAGCAGUGGCAACGGGCGUUAUCUCUUCUCAGCGAGUUGGUUGCAUCGACUGUUGAGGCCAACGUCAUCAGCUACAACGCUGGGAUCAGCGCUUGCGAGAAAGGUCAGCAGUGGCAGCAGGCUCUGGCGCUGCUUAGCCAGAUGGUCGAGACGAAACUGGAGCCCACUGUCAUCAGCUACACUGCUGUGAUCAGCGCUUGCGGGAAAGGUCAGCAGUGGAAGCAGGCUCUGGCGCUGCUUAGCCAGAUGGUCGAAACGAAACUGGAGCCCGAUACCAUUAUCUACAGUGCUGGGAUCAGCGCUUGCGAGAAAGGUCAGCAGUGGCAGCAGGCUCUGGCGCUGCUUGGCCAGAUGGUCGAGACGAAACUGGAGCCCGAUACCAUUAUCUACAGUGCUGGGAUCAGCGCGUGCGAGAAAGGUCAGCAGUGGCAGCAGGCUCUGGCGCUGGUUCGCCAGGUGGUCGAGACGAAACUGGAGCCCGAUACCAUUAUCUACAGUGCUGGGAUCAGCGCUUGCGAGAAAGGUCAGCAGUGGCAGCAGGCUCUGGCGCUGCUUAGCCAGAUGGUCGAGACGAAACUGGAGCCCACUGUCAUCAGCUACAAUGCUGGGAUCAGCGCUUGCGGGAAAGGUCAGCAGUGGCAGCAGGCUCUGGCGCUGUUUAGCCAGAUGGUCGAGACGAAACUGGAGCCCGAUACCAUUAUCUACAGUGUUGGGAUCAGCGCUUGCGAGAAAGGUCAGCAGUGGCAGCAGGCUCUGGCGCUGCUUAGCCAGAUGGUCGAGACGAAAUUGGAGCCCGAUACCAUUAUCUACAGUGCUGGGAUCAGCGCUUGCGAGAAAGGUCAGCAGUGGCAGCAGGCUCUGGCGCUGCUUAGCCAGAUGGUCGAGACGAAACUGGAGCCCACUGUCAUCAGCUACAAUGCUGGGAUCAGCUCUUGCGGGAAAGGUCAGCAGUGGAAGCAGGCUCUGGCGCUGUUUAGCCAGAUGGUCGAGACGAAACUGGAGCCCACUGUCAUCAGCUACAGUGCUGGGAUCAGCGCUUGCGGGAAAGGUCAGCAGUGGAAGCAGGCUCUGGCGCUGCUUAGCCAGAUGGUCGAGACGAAACUGGAGCCCGAUACCAUUAUCUACAGUGCUGGGAUCAGCGCUUGCGAGAAAGGUCAGCAGUGGCAGCAGGCUCUGGCGCUGCUUAGCCAGAUGGUCGAGACGAAACUGGAGCCCACCGUCAUCACUACACUGCUGUGA